AUGUCCAGUUACGACUCGGGCUCGAGAAAUAGGCAAAUCUCACUCUCGCUUUCACGGAAAGAUAGCAGACAACGAGUGAAAAUGGGACUCGGUUACGGGCAAAAUGGAUCUCGAAAUUGGGAUUUUUCCUCUUCCGGAGAUCAAUUGCAACGCUUCCACUCAACACCACAAAUCGCCGACAAUCAUGCUAUAGCACGGUCUCAUCAGAUGACCAAAACGCUAGAUACGUAUGUCGAGGAGUAUGAAAUGGCUCCGGUGGUGAAUUGGCCCGUUAAACAACCGAAAAGCCUCAAGGGUUACCUUUUUGGGCCUGAAAUCGGGGUCGGGAGUUACGCGAAAGUUAAGGAAGUCAUCCAGGACAAGACACUGAUCAGAUGCGCUGUGAAAAUCUUUAAAGAUUGCCGAUUAAGAAAGAUUCCAAAUGGCUUUAGUAAUGUGCUCAAUGAAUACUACUUGUUAAGACAGCUCGAACAUCCGAAUUGUGUCAAAAUGAUUGAGUUCUUUCGCAUUGAAGAGAAGUACAAACAGUACAUGAUUUUGGAGUACUGCAUAGCAUCAUUAGAAAAGGUGGUGGCUCUUUCGACAGGACGAAAGCUUUCGGAGGCGUGGUCGAACUUUUUCUUCAGACAGCUGAUUUCUGGAGUAGACUACAUUCACUCGUUAGGCAUCAUUCACAAGGACAUCAAGCCGGCCAAUUUACUCAUCUCUUCAAAUCGCGUCUUGAAGAUCACCGACUUUGGUGUUGCCGAACAGGUGGCACUCUUUCAGCGCGAUACCAUAACAGACACUUUACAAGGAACGCCGAAAUUUCAUCCGCCUGAAGUUGUUAACGGAAAAAAUGAGUUCUAUGAUGGGUUUGCACUUGAUGUCUGGGCGAGUGGAAUCACUCUGUAUUAUCUGCUCUCGGGCGAGUAUCCAUUUGGAGGUACAACUAUGCGACAACUCUUUACGAACAUUUGUGAACGUCCGCUGCUCAUGCCGAACACCGUCGAUUUGAGGGACGAACUUGUUGAUUUACUCGCUGGAAUGUUGGAUAAGAAGCCAAAGCGUCGUCUCAAAGUGCACGAAGUGGUGCAUCAUCCGUGGUUUGUGCACCUAUUCCCGCAGACGGACAUGAAUUGGGAUCAACUGGUGAACGAAUGCUAUUCGGGAUUGGCCGUGCCUGUUUACUCGCAACUCAACGUCUUAUUUGGAGGACCUGAAGAUGUGAUGAUUGAGACGCCGGUACGAAAUCAAGCACUUUUGAAAAGCACACUGCUGAAAUGUGAGGAAAAAACAUCUCCAAUUUCUGAGAAGACCAUUGACGCUAGUGGAGAAAAGGAAAGAAAGACGAAGAGUCGAGCCGAAUCGCGUCUUCAUAAGUUCACCAGAUGGAUCCCAUUUUUGUCGUGUCUUCGAAACUCGAAU